CUUUAACUGUCGCUGCAGCCUGUCAGAUCAGCUGAUCACCGCGUCACAACGACCAAAACAGCUAACGCUAGCUUAACGUAGCCGGUGGCAGAAGUUAUGACCAGACAUGGCGAUUUAAAACACUCAGAUAAGAUCCUGGCGUUGUUAAGGAAUUGACUGCGUCUGGCCAUCCAGAUUGUAAGCUUUAACUGGAGACUAACUAUGUCUUAUCUCUGAGAAUGGGAGGAAGCGGAUCCAAAGCCAAAGGUGUCUGGCCUUUCUCAGGCAGUGGAAAUGGAGCGGAUUCAGCCAGUGAUGGGAGCGAGCAGUCCGUGGCCCGGCUCAAGGGCUCCAGAAAUGCAACACCGUUUGUUUUUACCAGGAGGAGUUCUUUGUACUACGACGAGGACGGAGACCUUGCCCAUGAGUUCUACGAAGAGACGGUGGUGACAAAAAAUGGCAGAAAAAAGUCCAAGUUGAAGAGGAUCCAAAAAAAUCUGAUUCCACAGGGAAUGGUGAAGCUCGACCACCCGUGUAUACAUGUAGAUUUCCCCAUCGUCCUCUGUGAGGUGUGAAAAGUUGCACAGGACUGAUGUGCUAUGAAGUGCAGCCUCUGGUACUCUUCUCGGAGCAAAGUCUUGUCCAAGUGUCCAAGCGUUACAGUCCAGACUGGAGCUGUGGUCCGGAGAGAGAAAGGAAAAUUCAAACUAUCAUAUUUUAACGGAUAUAGUUGAAUGAAAUGUUAUACAUUUGAAUUCAACUAUGGUCGGAGCGUGCCCUGUUCACAAAAAAUCCAUAUUUUGAUAUUCACAAAAGUAGUGUUGGUGCAGGUUGUGUGUCCACUACCCAGCUGAUAUGUAAGCAGUCUUAGAGAAUACAUCAAAUGAAGUUGUAUUUCUCUUGUGAGUUUUUUGCAGGGAAAAACAUCCUUGAUGUGAAAAGGCUUUAAUGGUUUAUGCCUUCUGUGAGCCGUAGAGUGAAACUGUACGUGUCUUUGUAUGUGUACAUGUGUGCACUUAGGUUCGUCUGAGUGAAUGUGUGAGAGAGGGACUGAAGAUGUAGGUGCACGGUAGAAUAAAGAAGGAUUGUGAAAUUUAUUGUAUAUAUGGUCAUGUUCUGUAUUGUCACGUCUGAGUCUGUCUCAGUUACCGAAGCUCAGACCUGCACUAGUGAACAUAAUGUACUGUAAAUAAUAUCAGAUUUCUUAGUUGGAAUUACUUGAAUAAAUGGUUUACUGAGCUGAA